AUGGAGAACAUUCAGAAUGGAUCUCUGAGAUUUCUGUACCUCACUCCAGGAGUAUGUGGAGAAUGCAACCAGCUUGUUACGUACACUUCAGUCAACUCUGUGAGCAGCAAAAAGCAGGUUUUUGCAGAGGUCCAACUAAUCGCAAUCGAUGAGGCUCACUGUGUCUCGCAAUGGGGUCAUGACUUCCGUGCUUCAUAUCGCCAGCUAGCGAAGAUCAGAAAAAUCUUGCAUGAUUGUCCUGUGAUGGCGUUGACGGCGACUGCCACCCAAGUGGUUAAAAAAGACAUAAUUGAUAACUUGGAGCUGGUUAAUCCCAUUGUCUUGUGCACCGGAUUAGACAGGAGAAAUCUUUAUUUGUCGGUCAGCCAGAUGAUUUCUAUGAAAGAUGAUCUUGAGAAGCUAUUAGUUGCUGAAGAUUAUGUACAGGGACGGCAUUUUGGUGGGGCUACCAUCAUUUACUGUCAGACUCGAGCUAUGGUGGAGACUGUACAUGAACAUUUGAGAGGUCGAGGCGUGAAGUGUGCCAUGUAUCACGCUGGUUUGAGUGAAAAAGCGAAAAACGACGCCCACCACGGCUUCAUACAGGACAAGUAUACCACAAUAGUAGCUACCGUAGCAUUCGGUAUGGGCAUUGACAAAUCGGACGUUCGCCGAGUGAUUCACUGUGGAAGUGAGUUUAAGUAUGGCAAUUAUACACAAUAUUACAGAUUACAUGCUGACCAUGAGUGA